GUUACUAUGAGAAAACCAUCACACAGGAUUAAUCUCAGGGGCAUAGUUGUUGUGCUGUUUCUCAGUUCUCUCCUUCACACACAGACGCAGCAGAAACUGCUAGCUCAGAUGAUGGCCUCCUUAAACCAACACAGGUUUAAAAUCUGCUUCAUCAUGUUGCUCUCCUUAGUCUUCAUUGGGCUCGUGUCUGUCCAAGUGUCGGACAUCUCCCUCAAACCUUCCAAGCUGUGGCUCAAAAAUGUUGCCAGACAUCUUCACUCUUACAUGCCAAUAAUUCCAAGUAUCGGCAAUCAAAUGCUGAUAAAGCAGCCUCCUUAUCCACACUACAAACAAAGAUCUGGAGAACUGGAGAUUUCUAAUACCACACAUGUAGUAGUGACCGUGACGAGCAGGCUUAAUGCCACGGAGUCGACUGAUCGGGACACAAAGGCGACAAACUUUUCACCACCUUACCAUAAAGCACAUCCACGCAAUUACCAUUUCAUCCUAGACGAGCCGGACAUAUGUGAGCGGCAGAAGCCAUUUUUGGUCCUCAUGGUACCAGUGGCUCCUCAACAAUUGGAGGCUCGAAACUCCAUCCGGAGCACGUGGGGUAACGAGAGCGUUGUUCAAGGGAAAAACAUCACUGUCUUGUUCGUGCUGGGUUUAAAGGGAGGAGAAGACGGGAAGAAACAUCAAGAGCAGUUGAAUUUGGAAAGCCAGCAGUACCACGACCUGAUCCAGAGUACCUUUAUAGACACGUACAACAACCUGACCAUAAAGACCAUGGUGAUCAUGGACUGGCUGGCCACACACUGUCCUCAAGCAUCCUAUGCCAUGAAGAUCGACUCCGACAUGUUCUUAAAUCUGGAGAAUCUCAUGAGCUUGCUGCUGGCACCAAACACGCCCAAAGAAAACUACAUUACCGGGAUGAUUAUGUGGAACCGGCCUGUCGUUCGAAACGAACAUUCCAAGUGGUACGUGCCAAAGGAAGUGUACCCAGAUGACGUCUACCCCACAUACCUGCUGGGGAUGGGUUACGUCUUUUCCAGCGAUCUUCCAGAGAAGCUCGUCAAAGUCUCGAAAGACGUACCGCCAUUUAACAUCGAGGACGCGUACGUGGGCGCGUGUCUAAAAAAACUGGGCCUCCCACCUUCGAGCCCUCCCGACCCGUCCAAAUUCAAGGCUUAUCACAGUGGCGAAUUUAAGCGCAGCGAGUUCGCCAGGAUCAUCACAACGAUCCUCGGCUCCCCAAAGCAGCUAACAACAUUCUGGCAACAACUAAAGAGGGCUGUGUGAUCCAGAUCAUGACGUCGUUUACAUACGUCUUUGGAGUGCAAUAAAAAUUCUUCAAAUAUCCCAGCUUUUAAGCCAGAACAUUUUGCACUAAGACAACAAUGCUUGUAUAGACUUGCUCAGGACUUCAAGCAUGGUCAAAUGUUUACAUGAAAUUCAUGUCCGUGUGGAUUUCUUCCAGGUUUUCAAACUCCUCAAAAAACAGUGAAGUAUACAUGAAUGUUUGUGUGAUGCGUAUGCAAAGACAAUUGUAUUUGAAUCGAAUUGUACUCAAUUUCUCAUUUGUGCUAAAUGUAGUCAAGGCAUGUUUGGUGUCCAGUGUUGCGAAAUAUCCCUCAUACCAUGUCCAGUUCUUCAGACCAUGACAACCGAGUGUUACGUACCGUCCUACACACUGUACGCCACAGCUCAACUAGAAGGCAAGUUGAGCUGGAGAAGACACGAUCUGGAUUUUGGGACACUUAAAAGGAAUCUCUGAGACGAUCUUAGAGGUCUACCAACAGCAUCCGUGAAAGCAUAUUCUUAAGACAACCCCAGAGCUCAAAUGUUUGAAGUGAAAAUUUGAAGCACGUAUUUGGAAAGUUAAGACACAUCUAUUGAUAUAAAAGUUAGAGUGAGAGACUUCGACUACAGUACAUAUUCUCCUCUAUAUUAAUUUUGUAACUCCGUUUUCGUAGCAAAUCUAAAGAGGCAAACAUCUGACACAAAACAUGCCUUGGCUGAUUGACUACACAGGGUAAAGAGAGGUAUUUGAUACUUUAAAAAGUUUACGAAGGAUGUAAUCAUCUGCAAAGUUGUUACAAAAUAUACACAAGUUAAAAAUAUAGUUAUCUGCAUUUCCUCAAAUGCUCAUGUUCUACCCUGUAUAUUUCUAGACACAGCUCUUUAUUUCAUUGAUCAAAAAAGAUGUCAAGAUUUCUGGAUGUUCUAUGAAAAGAUUGUAUGUUUAUUGGCCGACUGGUGAAUACGCUUUUUAUUAGUAGCAUGCAGAAAACAUCACCCACUGAAAAGCAAAGCCUUCACAGAUUGAGCUCUUCAAGCACAAAACAAAGCAGCAGGGAACAGAUUUAAAAAUAAUAAUAAAUUAAGAAUUGCAUGCCGACUUUUUUUUUUUUUUAAACAGAAGUGAAGGUAAUGUUGCACUGCAUUUUUUCAUCACUGAGUUGCAGUCGUGCUACACUGAAAUGCAAUCCAGGCCCUACCUGGAAUGUAGCUGCAAUCAGAGGUGACAAAAGGUUUGAAAGUAUCACUGAAGCUUUCCAGAAAUAAUUUUAAAAAGUGUUGAUGUGAUGAAAAUUAUAGCUCUAAGAAAUUAAACAAAGAAAACUAAAGUCUUCUGGAAAAUUAAUACCGUUUGUGUAUUGCAUGUCACACAAAAAUAAGCUAAAAAUUUGGACUCUGUAACCUUGCCUCCUACCGAAAGUACUAAUUUAGGGGUUUCACAACAUCUGUUACAGUGCCCUCCAGUAAUAUUGGUACCCUUAGUAAAUAUGAGCAAAGAAAGCUGUGGAAAAUUGUCUUUAUUGUUUGACCUUCUAAUCUUUUGUUAGAAAAAAAAGAAAAAAAAAUACUCUGCUCGUAUGGAUAAACAAAAACAGGUUUGUAUAUUAUAUAUAAAUUUUAAAUAUAGGUGUGCAACAAUUAUUGGCACCCCUAUGAAUUCAUAUGAGAAAAAUAUAUUUGAAGUAUAUUCCCAUUGAUAUUUAAAAAAAAAAAAUUGUAAUUGUUCAUGCCAUGAUACACUUCCACAAACAUGUGUUGUGAAGAUCAGACUUUGACUAGAUCCCCGUUUUUUUUUUUUUUUUUUAAAUAAAUAAAACAGGGCACUCACACACACCUGAAAACACCUGACUCUAUUCUCACCUUCAAAUUAACUGCUAAACCUAGAGGUUCACAUACUUUUGGUCACUCGGAGAUAUGCAAUACUAGAUCAUUUUAAAUAAAUUACCAAGUAGAA